AAUGAAUAAUUAUGAAAGAAUGAAAUAUCCAGUUAAGAAUGAUCAUUUGGGAGAAAGACCUCUAACAUCGGCUCUAAAUCCGGAAAGUAUGGAACCAUUAAUGAUUGAUAGUGCUGUUAACAUGCUCCAAAUGUCUCCCAAUAUCGUGUAUCCAACGAUCUACGUUAGUCCAAUAGGAGUUAUGACUAUCCUAUUGAAUCAAGAUUUAACAGUUGAGUUGACAAUCAACAACGAUGUCCGGGUCGUUAAUCCAAAAUUUAAAACCGUUGCUUUUAUCAACUCGAAAAGAUCUUACGUAAGUCUUUAUCAUCCGGCCGGUAAAAUUAUACAAGAUGCAUCUGAGAUAGAGAUGCAUGCUUAUUGGGACAGAAGGGCAAAACUCUGCGCUGGAAAUUUAAUCUUCGCUCAAGGCAAUACUACUUAUAAGAUGCGAGAUGAUAAAAUUCUAACUGCUGAACCGCAGUUUCGUGAUUUGAGAAGGGAUCCAACCAUGGCGUUAUUAUUGCCGCCAAACGGUCAUGCAACCAGUUUGAACUUCAAUAAGGCUAUUCAACAGAUUGUCAAGCAAGCGCAAUAUAGAUUCUAUAGAAACGGCGCUUUAUCCGUUUGCGUGAAUAAUGUGCGAGUCUUUCAAUCUGCUCGAGGUGACGUUUCCGUGACGGCUUGGUCAAAGGUUAUUCGAACUUCUCCUAUGAUUGGAUCGAUUCAUAUCGAAACUGAUUACAUGACAACGAGAAUUGAUGCAAAUUGGGUUAUUAACAUUCAAAGGGGACGUUUUCGAAUUUCAGCCGGUCGUAAAGGAUUUUCAGUCUCCAACGGUGUUUGGGAAAGUGGAUUUUCUCCUGAAAAGAGGCUAUAUACUGUUUCAUUAGAUCCGUACAAAAGAUCGGCUACCGGCAAAAGGGAUAAUAAAAACACACCAGAAGACGAUUUGGAAGAAAUUAACAAGUCAGAUGAGAUUUGUACGGCUAAAAAUCGAAUUAAUGCAGAAAAGAAAGAGGAUACGUCUAGUUCUGUUAAGGAGCAGGAAAAAUCAGAUACCGUUAUGGUAGCCAAAUUAGUAGGGAAUAACGAAAGAACUAGCGUUCCCAAACAGACAUCAAUUAAUGGAAGAAUGUCUCUGGGACGUGGAACAGGAGUAACUAAUUACAGAAGGCCGCCAUUGACCAAUUAUUCAUCAUUCAGAAAUAGAAAAAACAAAUACCCUGGAUUGGGUGACCACUCAAAGUUUGAUCAGCUAUCGGAAAAUCAGGAUCUGAACCUGAGAAAAGAUACCCAGCAGAGGGCGAAGAAUGAUAGUGGAAAAUGCUCCAAAGAACCCAAAUGGCCUAUUAGAAGCAAAUCUACUAGUUUAAUAAAGAAUAAAACUGACGAUAACACUUUGGAGAAGGAGAAUAAGGUAAUUUCUAAUAAUUCUUUUCCAAAAUUAGAAGUACAGAUGACCAAUAAGAUUUACAAACAUGAAAACGAAGAUACCGAUAAAAUUCCAAAUGCUAGUAAAGGUAGUUAA